CCCAUGGCCACUGGUCAGACACUGACCCCAUCCUUGAACCCAACCCAAUCUGCAUCCGUGAUCACAGCGUGCUCUGGCCAGGGCCCAGUUCCUCCAGCCUCCCUGGAUGGGCGCCUGGGACUGGGGGCACUGGGCUGGGCUGGGCUCCCCCAGGCCCUGCCUCCCCGUCCAUCUCCCCACAGGCCCUGCCCCGGCCCAGGAGGUCAGCCGGGGAAUCAUUAACAAGAGGCCGUGACAUGGCGGAGAAGGAGGGUGGCCGGACUGUGCCAUGCUGCUCUGGACCCAAGGUGGCAGCUCUCACUGCGGGGACCCUGCUGCUCCUGACAGGCAUCGGGGCAGCGUCCUGGGCCAUCGUGACGGUUCUACUCAGGAGUGAUCAGGAGCCGCUGUAUCUGGUACAGGUCAGCCCAGCAGACGCUCGGCUCACAGUGUUUGACGAGACGGAGGGGACUUGGCGGCUGCUGUGCUCCUCACGCUCCAACGCCAGGGUGGCGGGACUCAGCUGUGAGGAGAUGGGCUUCCUCAGGGCACUGGCCCACUCGGAGCUGGAUGUGCGGACGGCAGGCGCCAACGGCACGUCGGGCUUCUUCUGUGUGGACGAGGGAAGGCUGCCGCACGCCCGGAGGCUGCUGGACGUCAUCUCUGUGUGUGACUGUCCCAGGGGCCGCUUCCUGGCUAUCAUUUGCCAAGACUGUGGCCGCAGGAAGCUGCCUGUAGACCGCAUUGUAGGAGGCCAGGACACCAGCCUGGGCAGGUGGCCAUGGCAAGUCAGUCUUCGCUACGAUGGAGCGCACCUCUGUGGGGGGUCCCUGCUGUCUGGAGACUGGGUGCUGACAGCUGCCCACUGCUUCCCUGAGCGGAACCGGGUCCUGUCUCGAUGGCGGGUGUUUGCCGGCGCUGUGGCCCAGGCCUCACCCCACGGCCUGCAGCUGGGGGUGCAGGCAGUAAUCUACCACGGGGGCUAUCUCCCCUUUCGAGACCCCAACAGUGAGGAGAAUAGCAAUGACAUCGCCCUGGUCCACCUCUCCAGCUCCCUGCCCUUCACAGAAUACAUCCAGUCUGUGUGCCUCCCAGCGGCUGGCCAGGCCCUGGUGGAUGGCAAGAUCUGUACAGUGACUGGCUGGGGCAACACACAGUACUACGGCCAACAGGCUGGGGUACUCCAGGAGGCCCGAGUACCCAUAAUCAGCAAUGAUGUCUGCAACGGCCCUGACUUCUACGGGAACCAGAUCAAGCCCAAGAUGUUCUGUGCUGGCUACCCUGAGGGUGGCAUUGAUGCCUGCCAGGGCGACAGUGGUGGCCCCUUCGUGUGUGAGGACAACAUCUCUCGGACACCACGUUGGCGGCUGUGUGGCAUCGUGAGCUGGGGCACCGGUUGCGCCCUGGCCCGGAAGCCAGGUGUCUACACCAAAGUUGGUGACUUCCGGGAGUGGAUCUUCCAGGCCAUAAAGACUCACUCCGAAGCCAGCGGCAUGGUGACUCAGCUCUGACCUGUGACUUCUCCUUCUUGUGCACGCCUCCAGGGCCCAAGUUGAUCUAGGUGGCCCCAGCCUCACAUGGUGGGGUCUACCCUGGCCCUGGGAUGGGACGUUUUUCUUCUCAAGCCUGGCUCACAGGUCCAAGGAUACCCUUCCUCCAGGGUCCUCUUUUCCACAGUGGCGGGCCCACUCAGCCCUGGGACCACCUGAGCCUCAUCUUCCUGACCCCCAUGUAAAUAUUGUUCUGCCAUCUGGGGACCCCAACUUGGGUGCCCCUGAUGACAGACUGCUCUUUAAAUAAUAAAGAUGGUUUUGAUU